UCUUGAAAAGGAUUUAGGAAGGAGCCUUGAAGCCAUUUCAUGGAAGUUGCUCUGGUUUCUUCUCUAUUGGUUGGGUCAGCAAGCAACAAGCGUGAUUGUAACACAGGUCCACCCACUGGGUUCUUGCCAAGCAAAAUGAGCUCCCUUUCCUGUCUUUCAAGUUCCCUUUCAGCAGAUGAAAACGUUGGGCCUGGCCUUUGGGGCUGUGAAUUGAAUGGUGAGAGCAGGAGGUAUGAAGUGAAGGAACAGGAUGACAUAUUGGAACACUUUCUGUACUUGCGAACGGUGUCUCUGGGUGAAGAUGCCAAUGAUGAGCCCCAUGUGGUGGCUGUGGAGUCCAAGAACAUGAGCAGUGUCCUCAAACCAAUAACCGUUGCAUCACUGAGGCCCUCUGUCUUACCAAUGAUCAGUCUUGAUGACUUUGAAUUAAUCCCUCCUGUUGUCUUCAUCCUAAAGUCUGGAACUGGGCCAGUUUACCUCAAUGGGCAACAUGUGAUCUGUCCUUCCACUGGGUACUGUCCAGACAGAAUGAGGUCCCUGCCCCACCUUUCAAGUUCCCUUUCAGCAGGUGAAAAACCCGUGACUGUCCUUUGGGGCUGUGAAUUGAAUGACAGGAGCAAGAGAUAUGAAGUGAAGGAGGAGGAUGACUUACUGGAACACCUUCUGUACUUGAGAACGGUGUCUUUGGGUGAAGAUGCUGAUGAUGAACCCCAUGCAGUGGCUGUGGAGUCCAAGAAUAUGACCAGUGUCCUCAGACCAAUACCAAUUGCAUUGCUGAGGCCCUCCAUUUUGCCAAUGAUCAGUUUUGACUGUUUUGAAUUAAUCCCUCCUGUUGCCUUUAUCCUAAAGUCUGGAACUGGGCCAGUCCAUCUGAACGGACAACACAUUAUCUUGGAUGACGGUUCCGACUACGAGCCGUCGGAAGAAAAUUUUCUGACUGAUGCGGACACCGGGGAGAGUAGCUAUAGUGAGAAUGAGGUACAAUUCAAUGCUGAAGCAGAAGCCAAAGGACAAUCACAGGCAGAAGAAGCAUCUAAUGAAAGAUGAUGUCCCAUUUCCUAGUUGUAGCAAGUAUCACAUGCAGGGGGUCUGCCAAAGCGACAACUUUGGACAGUUCCAAACACUACAGAUGGAUUCUACAAUGGGAUGGUUAUUAAAUAUCUGUUAAACAGCUA